AUGUACCCCUCCACGCCGUGGGUAUUCUUCUCUCGGCGGCCCAAGGACCAGGCAGGGCCAACUGUCUACAUCUGCCUGAUAUCUCAUCCCUCGCUCACUUAUCCCCUCCUCCAGGGCCAGUCGGUUUUUUUAGUUCACGUCAAGAAGAAACCAGAAAGACACACGAUGGCUGGCCCACGAGCGUCGAGCGGUCUCCUCCGCAACCGCAUCCGCCGCCAGUCCUCCCUCACACCGCCGUCCGUGAGCCCGACGACGGCGGCCCCGUCCGGCGGCGGCCCCCCGCCCAAGGUCCGGCUCGAGAGCCUCGUGGAAGAAGCCCAGUUCCCGGGCGGGACGGAAGCUUGCACCUCGGGCAGCGCAGAGCAGGUGCAGGCACGCUGA